AUGGUUGAACUUUACACCAUCUUCGACGACACCGACUUGGAAACUGCCGAGCUCAUCCUUCAAUUGCAACUCGAAGAUGUGGAGGAAGCACGCAAAUGCUCCAAAAGGAAAGAUCGCGAAGAUCAUGUCAACGACGCCCAAUUGGCGCUGUGUUUACUCGAACAGAACCUCCAGUCCCUCAGCUCCGUGGUUGCCGACAAAAAGAUGACCCAAAGCAUUGCUACUGCUGUGAAAGCUGAUGGAUCAUUGAUUGCCAGUGUUGUACAUGAGGAAGAGGUGGCAUGCGGUGAUCAUACCAUGGCGCUCCGCCUGAGCGGCAGUAAUGUAACAUCCGAGGUGAAGCUACAACCUGGUAACCUCAACGGGAAGAUCCUUUCAAAGCUCGCUGGGAUGUAUAUGCCUGGAGAUGUCGGGGAAGAUCUGUGCAAGACUAACUCAGGUGGAGGCGAAGAUAACCGAGCUGAAAGUUCCGCUACAGCAGAAAAACGUCCUGAUACACGCGAGCUGUGGUGCACGGCUUGCAACGAGCCCAAGAGAUAUUUCGACGUCCUGGAAGCCUCUUGCGGUCAUGGUUACUGCAAAGCGUGUCUGCAGGAACUCUUCGAAUUCUCAACCAAGGAUGAAUCACUAUUCCCUCCUCGCUGCUGCAGAGAGCCAAUUGAUGAAGAUGAAGCGCAGAUCUUUCUCACGAAAGAAAUCAAGGAGAGGUUCGAGCACGCGAAGGUCGAAUUCGGCUGCUCUAACAGAACGUACUGCUCACUAGCAACCUGUUCGGCAUUCAUUCCAAACGACCAAAUCGCCGGAGACACGGCAACUUGCCGGCAUUGUGGAACAGAUACCUGUGUCAUUUGUAAAGCUCGAGCGCACCAUGGAGAUUGCCCCGACGACAUUGCACUUCAUCAAACACUGGUUCUAGCAACGGAACAAGGAUGGCAGCGCUGUUACUCCUGCCGGCGUCUAGUUGAACUCGAUAUGGGUUGCAAUCACAUGAGGUAA